AUGUGGCUGUGCUCUCUGGUCUUUACCCUCAUCUUGUUAGCGGUGGCAGAUAUCAUGGGUGAUGUAAAUGAAGUUUGCGUUGGGACCCCUGGCAUCCCUGGUACACCUGGUUCCCAUGGAUUUCCUGGCAGAGAUGGGAGAGAUGGUGCCAAAGGAGACCCUGGACCUCCAGGUCCAAUGGGGCCCCCUGGAGGAAUGCCAGGCCUUCCUGGGCGUGAUGGACUGACUGGAGCUCCUGGUGUUGCUGGAGAGCCUGGAUACAAAGGAGAGCCUGGAGAAAGAGGCCCCCCAGGCCUUCCAGCUUAUCUUGAUGAGGUGCUCCAAAGCACACUUCAUAACUUGAGAUAUCAAAUUCUGCAAUCAAUGGGAGUCCUCAGCCUGCAAGGAUCCAUGCUGACAGUGGGAAAGAAGAUCUUCUCCACCAAUGGGAAGUCAGUCAAUUUUGUUGAUAUUAGAGAGUCAUGUGCCAGGGCUGGUGGUCGUAUUGCUAUCCCAAGGAGCCCAGAGGAGAAUGCAGCCCUUACAAGCAUCGUUAAGAAGCACAACACUUAUGCCUAUUUGGGCCUGGCUGAGGGCUCUACACCUGGAGAGUUCUAUUACCUGGAUGGGGAUCCUGUAAACUACACUAACUGGUACCCAGGGGAGCCCAGAGGCCAGGGAAGGGAGAGGUGUGUAGAAAUGUACACCGAUGGGCUGUGGAAUGACAAGAACUGCCUGCAGUACCGAUUGACCAUCUGUGAGUUUUAA